UUGGAGAUCUACGGUCUGCAGUUAUACCUACUUGGGCCGAUCGGCAAACGAGUCGGCAUCAAUAAUCUGUUUAUCUGUGGAUGUGGAGAUUAUUAUAGAUCUCCCAGCAAAACACUCACACAUCGAUUAGCGGUAAUAAAGCAAAAAUGGCGGUUCCUGCAGCCCCAAACCUGCAGCUGAACACGGCGAGACAAAGCAGCCCUGUGAACUCAACAGAAAACGACAUCCACAUCGACGAGAGAGAGCUGGAAAACAUCACCAACCACAUCGAGGACGGCACCUCGCUGCCGCUGCACUCUCCAUGGACCUUCUGGCUGGAUCGGUCAUUACCAGGUACAACGGCAGCAGAGUGUGAAUCAAAUCUCAAAAAGAUAUACACUGUCCACACUGUACAAAGUUUCUGGAGUGUGUACAACAACAUCCCUGCUGUGUCCUGCCUCCCUCUGAGGUGUAGCUACCACUUAAUGCGAGGAGAAAGAAGACCACUAUGGGAAGAGGAAAGCAAUGCCAAAGGAGGUGUUUGGAAAAUGAAAGUGCCAAAGGAGAGCACAUUAGCUGUGUGGAAGGAGCUGCUAUUGGCUACAAUUGGUGAACAGUUCACAGAUUACUGUGCAUCAGAGGAUGAGGUGGUAGGAGUAAGUGUCAGUGUGAGAGAACGAGAAGAUGUGGUUCAGGUCUGGAAUGGAAACGCCUCUUUUGCCAAUGAGGCAAACGUUUUAGGAAGAAUCUACGAACUUCUUCCACAGAUAUCUUUUAAAGCAGUAUUUUAUAAACCACACGAGGAGCACCAUGCAUUUGAAGGUGGUCGCUCAAGACAUUAGCAAGCUUUGCACAUUCACCACAGUUUUCCCUGUUUUUGGACUGAUCCUAGAAAAUGGACUGAAAACGGAAAAAGAAUCCCUCCUGGGCGAACAGAACUCUUGGGUUUUGCGGUUGUUUCAUGUCACAUUGGGAAUGUUACAGCCCUGUUUUUAAGUUGUAAGCGUUGCAGAUGAUUCCUCCAUGCUUUUUGUAAGGAGUUUUCUCAUAACAGAUAUUUAGGCAAUAUCAAUAAAGCUCACAUAGCCAGUAGCAUAUGUAAUAUAAAUUAGGGUGACCAUAAGUGCCAUGUUUCCCGGAUGCAUCCUGGCCAAGAUUUCUAUAUUGCCUAAAAUAUCUAGGGUUUGGCUUUGUUUGCAUGUACAGACCGAUUGGUGUAUGACAUCGGUUCCUUAUGUUUUCGAAACGCUCUCGAGAUACUUUGAAUCAAAGCAAUAUAGAAAUCCUGGCCAGGACGCGUCCGGGAAAAAUGGCACGUAAGGUCACCCUAAUAUAAAUCAUCACGACAGAGCAAUGUUGCCAAUUGUCAUGGCCCAUUUCUAGGUUUAGUGAUCAAAUGUGCAGUCCAGUGACAGUUGCUGCUUGUCAAAGUAUAUACUCAUUGUGUUAGAAAUCCAUUAGGAUCAAACUCUUUAGGGCUGUUUUUCCUUAGACACACAUUAGGCAUAACCUUAGACUAAAUAAAGGUCUAAGGCUAAGCUUAAUUUGCUUAUGGGAACUCUUUUAUGCAAAAGUAUUGCACAUUUCUCUUUGGGAAAAAAACUCUGGCUUGGAGGUUAUUAAUGAUUUCAGAGCAAAUGUAAGUGGGUGUAACAGCCUUGGUUAUAACAGUAAGUAUACAGCGAAAUGCAUAUGCAAUUCCACGUUUUCACCCUAAAUGUGAUAUUUAAGUCAAUUUAAAUAAUCCUGUAUUAAUCACAUGAGGGUAAAUUCUUGCAUCUUGCGAACGGCUUUGCUUUUAUGAUUUAGAAAACUGUAUCCAGACCUCCUCCUGUAGUAUUUUAUGUAAAUCAAAGCUGUUUUAGAAUGGCGUCAUAGCACUGUUGUACUUCUCUUUUCUUUUUUGCUUACUGCCUCGUGGUUGACAUCCUGCAUUUUGUUCUAUGUGUUGCUGUCUUUGUCAAAAUAGUCCAACUGCUUAAUAUUUUCAUUAUCGGAAAUCAUUAAGUCUAUUUUUUUUUUACUUAUGCAUUUGCUUCUAAUUGCCUUUUUAUUCGCUGUAGUCACACUGUGUCUUGUUUCAGAUUGUAGUUUGUUUUAUUGUGUUUGGAUGGAUGCUUAUGUUGGAAAACUUGUGAGUCGAGGGGAGCUAGUGUAGAUAUUGUCAAAUUAUGAAACUGAAAAGGACCUGUGUUAUCAUCAGAGCAUAUAUUUUUUUAGUUUUUCAGUACCAAAGAGAUUUCCUUUAUGUUUUCCUGUGUUAUAAUUCAUCAUCGUCUGUGAUCUGCCCGUGUCUGCGUCCUUCUGAACUCGUAUAGAGAGAGUUAAACCCAUGUUUCUCGCGUUCGUUUUUACUGAUGUCUUUUUCAUUAGCUCACUUUCUGCUGUGUGGCGGUUUUGUUUAGGUUUGUCAAGUCGGAAACUUCAAGCCCGAAAAGACCUGCAUCACGAACCAGGUCCCUUAAUGCACUAAAAAGCACAAUUAUGAUUUUGUCCUUCAUGUGGGCAGGGAUGUGCAAAAUAACCUGUACAUGCAGCUGACCUUUCAUAUUCCAGCCUUUUCCUACCUAUCACUGAUCUCUCAAUGAGAUGCGAGUACUGACGUGGAUUUUUGAGUUUAUUUUUAGGAGCAUUUGUGUCGGUUUUCCUGGCUCCCAAUCAGGAUCUGAAACCUCAAACUGAUUGUCAAUCUUCUGGAAUGGUGCCUUGUGUUCUCCUAGGGUUUCACUCACAGAAUGUUUUGUUUAUCUCUAUGUAUUUAAUCAGUUAUAUUAUUUUUUUUUUCUUUUGCUUAUAGGUUUUGAAAUAUUGAAUAAAUACAAAGCAGAAUUCGAAAUAUGACU